GAAGGAGGUGGUGAUUUUGCUUCCUUCUUGAGCAAGUUGUAGUUGCUUGCAGUUGUUGGGGAGCCCAGAGGCAAACUUUUCCUGCUCGACGCCCCUGGUUUUUUUGCUUUUGUCGGGAAGGGCUUGAUCCAAGGAGCCCCUUUCCCCAAGAGCCACCGAUUAGGGUAGAUUUAGGGGUCCCACUCUCCUGCCCUCUCCUCCUCCUCCUCCUCCUCCUGCCGGGAAAUGGAAGGGGGCAUCGCGCAGGAAGAGCCGCUGGUCAGCUGCCCCGUUUGCCUAAUGGAGCUGCCCUCUGCGCGCAUCAACGCACAUCUGGACAGCUGCUUGCAGCUGCAGGGCGAAGGGGAAGACCUGUUCACCGCAGAGGUCGGAGGCAGGAGCCACAGCGCCCCCAAACCCCCAGCAGGAGCAGCGGCGGCGCCCCCCAACCCCCAGCAGCCCUCCGCGAAGAAAAUCCGGCUCUCCCGAUCUCCGGAGCGGAGAAACCAAGAAGGGGAGCCGGGGAACGACCUCGGUUCUCCCCUGGUCUUCCCCCUUUUUCACCGGGGAAGGAAUCCCGGAGGGUCCCCAGCGGGAGCGCCCCGGGGUGCUGCUACCUCUCCAAACCGCGAGAAGGGGGAAGAGCGGCCGGGGGAGACUCCCGAGCGAGCCCCGGGUGCCCCGGAGCCUCUGUUGCGCGGGGAGAGCUUAGCCCAAAAACUGGAAGGGAAGCCUUUGGCCGAUAAGCUGCGGCCGAGCCACCUGGGGGAUUACGUGGGGCAGAACCGGGCGUUGGGGAAGGAGACUCUCUUGCGGUCCUUGCUGGAGGCUCACGAAGUCCCCUCGCUCAUUCUUUGGGGACCCCCAGGCUGUGGAAAGACAACCUUGGCGCAUAUCAUAGCCAGCAGCAGUAAGAAGAACGGGACACGAUUUGUGACCCUCUCCGCCACAAGUGCCAAAACCAGUGAUGUCCGAGAUGUAAUUUUCCAAGCCCAAAAUGAAAAGAGACUCUGCAAGAGGAAGACUAUCCUAUUUAUAGAUGAGAUACACCGGUUCAAUAAGUCCCAACAGGACACUUUCCUUCCUCACGUUGAGUGUGGAACCAUCACCUUGAUUGGGGCGACCACAGAAAACCCUUCCUUCCAGGUCAAUUCGGCACUGCUGAGUCGGUGCCGCGUUAUUGUUCUUGAGAAACUCUCCGUCGAAGCAGUGGAAGCUAUUCUGAUGCGAGCUGUCAAGUCCUUAGGGAUCCAGGUUCUGAGCCAAGAUGAGGGACUCACCAGCUCUUUGAAUGCCAACAACAGCCAGGGCUCUGAGUUAUGUGUAUGCAUUGAAAGAAGAGCAAUAAACACGCUUGCCUGCCUUUGUGAUGGCGAUGCGAGGGCUGGGUUGAAUGGGCUCCAGAUGGCUGUCCAGGCAAGAUUAACCAACCCCUUCCAUCAGAAUAACAACCAUGAGUGCUCUGUUAAACAAGUGGUCAUCACCGAAGAUCACGUGAAGGAAGGACUCCAGCGAUCCCACAUUUUGUAUGACCGAGCUGGUGAAGAGCAUUAUAACUGCAUCUCUGCACUUCAUAAAUCUAUGCGUGGUUCUGACGAAAAUGCUUCCCUUUACUGGCUGGCCCGAAUGCUUGAAGGGGGUGAGGAUCCACUGUAUGUGGCAAGAAGAUUGGUAAGAUUUGCAAGUGAGGAUAUAGGAUUGGCAGAUCCCUUAGCCUUACCUCAAGCUGUGGCUGCUUAUCAAGGUUGCCACUUCAUCGGAAUGCCGGAGUGUGAGGUCUUACUGGCGCAAUGUGUGGUCUAUUUCGCCAGAGCACCAAAGUCUAUUGAAGUGUACAGUGCUUACAAUAAUGUGAAAACAUGCAUAAGAGACCACCAAGGACCUCUUCCGCCUGUCCCUUUACAUUUGCGGAAUGCACCAACCAAGCUCAUGAAAAAUUUAGGUUACGGUAAAGAUUAUAAAUAUAACCCUAUGUACAAGGAUCCUGUAGGGCAAGAAUAUCUGCCUGAAGAGUUGAAAGGGAUUGAUUUUUUCACACAAAGAAAAAUCUGAUGGAACGCCAUGUAUUGUCACACGUGAUUCAUAAUAAUCCCGUAAUAUUUUUCUUAAAAGUUCAUUCCAGUUUUAGGAAAACUCUUUAUUUUUCCAGGCUAGCCAUAUUAAACUGGUAGCCUCAAACUGGAAUACCUACCUUUUUUUGUAUUAAAUAGUAUGUAUGUUAAUUAAAUUAUCUUUGGUACAAAUGAAACUAUUUUGGGGAUAUUCUACGGUUCCAAUUCGAGGCAAAAAGCUGCUCAGCACAGAUAUACAUAUACGCAUUAAUGUUGUCAGGGGUUCCUUAAAGAAACUAUACCUUUUCUACACUAAUUGUGUAGUCAGAGGAAAAUAUGUGUUCUAUAUAAGGACCUGCUCUUUUUCCACUUGAGGUCCAAACAGCUGCACAUUCCCAAACCAUUUUAUACUACGAAGAAUAUUUUAUUGCAAGUUUUAUGCAAAUGUAAGAAUUGUUUGAUAACUUUGCAUCAAAUACAUAUUAUAUAUAGUUAAAGAAAAACUAAAAUCACUUGAUUUGACCAAGACUAUAAAGGACAUUAUUUCAAAAAUAUAAAAAAUCAGGAUUGCACAGCUUAGCUAAUAUUAGGCUUUUUCAAUGGGACGUAAUAUAAGUAUAUAUUUAAUGCAACCAAUAGAACUUUAAAAGGCCUAAUUUUGACGUGUCCUUGAUUGGAACAUGAUUUAUUCCAGUCUGUAAAGAUACACUGCAUUUGCACCUUAAGCUGAACCCCCCCCCCCUUAUAAUUGAAACGUAAUGAGGAAAUAUUUUUGAAACUGUGAAAAUAAAGUUAAUUUACAACCA